AUGCAAAAAGACCGAGAUACUGCGGAAUCCUUCAUCGAGGCCCUGCUCCAAGCCAAGGAGAAGGAGCUAGCCGCAUCCGAAAAGGCCGUCGCCGUUCUUAACAGAGAACGGCUAGCAGGGAACCUCUUCGUCACGCGGGAGACGUUCCAGCCCGAGAUUGAGAAGCUGGAACGCCAAAUCACGGCCUUGAGAGGAGAUACCAUCGUUAUCCGGACAUCUCGCCACGAGCUCGGCGGCAGACUGAUGGAUGACAUGAUUUGGCAAAAAGAUGGUCAGAACACGGAUUGGGCCUAUCUAGAUCUUCUCAUUAGCCGCUACAAGACACCUGAAGGAGCAAAGCUGUCUUUGUUUGCUUCCAGAGAUCCAAGCGCCCAAGAAAGGUUUCGAAAGAAGGUCUUGAAGGCAUAUGAUGCAGUAGACACGGAUAUGCAGUGGUGUGUAAUCUCUGGCAAAUACUUCCCGGCAUCCACUGUGAAGACAGCCCAUAUUGUUAGGUACAAUGUGGGCGAACCUUCUGCGUGGCACUUAUUUGGGCCGCCCAGUGACAAGGAUGGCCACUUGAUGUCGGAUCAAAACGGCAUACCAAUGUACGAGAUGUAUGAAAAGGCAUUUGAUGAUGCACGUCUCGUCAUUGUACCUGAUGGAGACCAAGAGAGAGGCUGUUGGAAAGUAUAUUGCCUCGACGACCCCGCUACCCAUAAACCGUCUAAAGCGGUGCCAUUCGGUCGCGAACUUCAUGGGCGCUCGUUGCAGUUCCGGAACAGCUUUCGCCCCUCUUGCCGAUACUUGUACUUUGCGUUUUGUAUGAGUAUACUACGGAGACAACGCCACGAGGUCCCCGGUUGGUGGCGGAGUUGCGUCGUCGAUGGCCCAGGAGAGGCCUGGGCAACGCUGGGCAUUUAUUUUCACACUUCAACUCUUCGGAUAAUUUCCCAUCGCGUCGGCCAUCUGACCAAAGAGGAAGCGGCCGUAUUUGCAGCCGAAAAUCCUUCUAAAGACGAAGACGAGGAUGAUUCUCUCCAUUCAAGAUUGAUAGAAUGUGCUUAUGCCUCUUAG